AUGAACAAUUUAAAUAUCAAGAGACUUGCUUAAAAUGCAUAACAAUUAGCUUUGAAUAGCAAUUAUACUGUUUUAGUUACUGGAGCUAACGGAUUCUUAAGUAGUCAUAUUAUUUAAUAACUACUUCACUUAAAUUAUAAAGUAAGAGGAACUGUCAGAAAUCUUGCAGAUAAGAGAAAAUACUCUCAUUUCUAUGAAAUCAUACCAUAACAAUUUCACAAUAAUUUGUCAUUUGCAUAGGCUGAUCUUUCAUCAGAGGAAGGUUGGGAUGAAGCUGUUAAAGAUUGCAGAUAUGUUCUUCAUGUAGCCUCUCCUUUCAAUUAUGAAGCCAAAACUCCUGAAGAAAUAAUAAACCCUGCUGUUUUAGGUACAAGAUAUGUCUUAAAUGCUUGUGUAAAGCACUCUCAAACUAUUAAGAAAGUAGUUUUAACUAGCUCAGGAAAGGCAAUAUUCGAAGGUAAUACCUAAAGAGUUCAUUUUGAUGAAUCUAUUUGGUAGAACUACGAAAAUUCUGGAUAUUAUGGUCAAUCAAAAUAUUUUGCAGAAAAGGAAGCUUGGAAGAUUUAUGAAGAAAAUAAAGAUAAAUUGAACUUAUCAACAAUUAAUCCCACUCUCAUUUUAGGACCUUCUCUCUCAAAAUACCUUUCAGCUAGUUAAGGAGUUAUUACAAAUUUGUUGAAUGGUAAAUUAAUUCCUUAACCUAUAACCUUUGGUAUCGUUGAUGUAAGAGAUGUUGCUGCAGCUCAUAUUUUAGCAAUGUAAGAUAAUUUAUUUGAAGUGACAAGAGGAAAGAGAUACAUUACUUGUAGUCAAUCGAUGUGGGUAAAAGAUAUAGCAGCUGUUUUAAAAGAAUACUAUUAAGAUAAAUAGCCUCAAUUAUAAAUAAAUACAAAAGAGCUCACUCAUGAGGAGUUUGUAGCAAAAGCAUAAAGUUUGCCAAUAUACAAAGAAACUCUUAGGAUGAGUGGUUAAUACUUUAUAAUGGAUAACACCUAGAGCUUAAUAGAUCUUGGUAUGUAGUAUAUAUAAACUUAUCAUACAUUAAUUGAAACUUCUGAUGAAAUUAUUAAAUAUGGAUUAUGA